GUCCUCGUCUUUAUGUCAGCCCCCCUUUUUUUUUUUAUUUCGGGGAGGAAAACAAAAAAAAAAAAAAAAAAAAAAAAUCCUGUUACCGUUGGAUGUCGGAGAGCUAAGCAGUUUUGUUAGAGCCAGCGCCUCCAGGCAGUGACGAGCUUGAAGGUCCAGCAGCUCUCCUCAUGAUACAUCAGUAUUAAGGCACUUUCGUACUUUCUCAGGCUCAGGAUGGCUAGUUGUGGAGAGGUCGACCACUCUGUCAGCUCGCUUCCAUCCAGUAAGAAAGGCAACAGCAACGGUGGCGGUGGAAGCGGGAACAGUGCCGAAUCCUCGUGCUCCGGCUCCAGCAACUCGUCCCUGUCCGUACCGGAGUGCGCCAUCUGCCUGCAGAGCUGCGUCCACCCGGUCCAACUGCCGUGCCACCACGUCUUCUGUUUCCUGUGCGUGAAAGGAGCGUCCUGGCAGAGCAAACGCUGUGCUCUCUGCAGACAGGAAGUGCCGGACGACUUCCUGGAGAGGCCCACGCUUCUCUCUCCGGAGGAGCUGAAGGCAUCUGCGGGUGGUCGGGGCGGGGCAGCGAGUGACCACGCCUGGUAUUACGAGGGCCGCAACGGUUGGUGGCAGUACGACGAGCGAACCAGCCGAGAGCUGGAGGACGCUUUUUCCAAGGGCAAGAAAACCGCCGAAAUGCUGAUCGCCGGGUUUUUGUACGUGGCCGACUUGGAGAACAUGGUGCAGUACAGGCGCAACGAGCACGGUCGCCGGCGCAAGAUGAAGAGGGACGUUUUGGACAUCCCCAAGAAGGGAGUGGCGGGACUGCGUUUGGACACCGAGGGUGUUAUUGGGGCAGCCGGUCGAGAAAACUCUGCUGACGGGGCGGAUACGACAGUAGCGGGAGCACAGCAGCCGGUUACAGGUAUCCCCUCUACUGUCAUAGCCCCUCCAGCCGCUGCCAGGCCUCCCACCUCCCUCGGUGGUCAGCCUGGCAGCGGCAGCCCCACUCUGGAAGAUGCUCUCUCCCAACUGCAAAUCAGCCCUAGGCCCACACCUUCAAAUGAGCGGGCUGGGGAAGGAGAGGAAGUUGAUGAGGAAGAGGAGGUCUCACCCUCCCGGUCCUCUGACCCUCACACCUCUGUGGAUGAGUCUGGCUCUGGAGACUGGAGCGACGAUGAAGAGGAGGAGGAUGAAGAGGAGGGGGGAGAUGGAGAGCGCGUUGAGCCCUGGGAGGAUAGGCCACGGAGGCAAAGACUGAAUCCAGAGGACAGAUCCCCUCCUGGUGCAGAGUCGGCCUCGCCUCCUUCAUCCAGUAGCAGUGGAAGGUCCAGAAUGCCUGAUGGCCAGUGCACAGUGACUGAAGUCUGAAGUCAUUAAUAAUGUUCCAUUUCAUUAAUUUAUUCCUCACCGUAUGCUGUCGGUCCCUCUGUCACGGAUCGCAUAACGAACUCCCAAACAACAACAUUUUAGCAAAUUCGGUGUCUCUACUUUGCCCACAAUAAUCUGGAUGUGUCUGUAUGGUUUUGUUUUUGGUCUCAGCCACUAAAUAGAGAAGUAGAAGUCACGUUCUGGUGCCGAGAAGGGAGGCACAGCUUGUGACUGAGUCGGGGUGGAUACAGCAUGUUGUUGUGAGCCGUGACAUCCCGUACACAUCGUGUGAGGUAACAUACUUUUAUUGUGGCGUUUUUAGUUGCAGACAUGUCAUGCAUUUUCCUUUUUAUCUUCACAAAAGUGAAAGUUAAAAAAAGGUAAAAAAUGAUUUUCCACCCUGCUUCUGUCUGUUCAAGGUUGAAAUUGAUUGUCUGACCAUCCAGAGGGGGGGAAGGGGGGGAGUCGAGGGAGAAAGCAUAAAUGGGAACGUUACACCUGAAAAUGGAACCGUGUCUUUUAUCAUGAACAGCUGCAUCCUAAUUAAUCAUCUACUCUUUUAACUCUCUCCGCUAACAUAGCACACGUCAAACGGGCUCGUGAGAGCGACUCACAAAGAAUUAUUAUUAUUAUUUGUUCUUACUUCAUAUUGAACCAAUUUAUGAAGGCUUUUCUUUCCAGAUUCUGAAAUGUAUCCGGGAGUUGUGUCACUUCAGAGCAGCUUGUGUUUUGAAGGAAAUCUCUUUCGGUCGUUUAUCCAGAUAAAGAAAGUAAAUAUAAAAAGGCACUUUUGCUAUUCAGCGAUUUUCAAUUUCUCAAUUUAAUGUGCGACAACACUGUAACUCGAGAGCCCAGAGGAUUAUCUUGCUACCUGCUGAUGGUUUAUCUUUUUGAUUUGAUUGCAAUUAACCUGCGGCUUCUUAAAAACAUAUCUUAAUUAAUUUGAACCUUCCCCAGCUUUAAAUAAUUGCCAUCUUAAUGUGAAGUAUCAGUGUUUUCUCUCUGUAACCUCAUACAUAUUCUUAUCGUCCCCUGACUGAAGUAUUCUCAAUUGGUGUGUUUCUAAAGUUUUGUGAUUUGUGCAUGUUUGAAGAGAGAGUUACUUAAACACUACUGGUCGGGCAGGAGGAUGAUGAUGAUGAUGAUGAUAAUUGAUAUUUCUAUGUUGAGUCUGAGUACAUGUUUUUAUUUUGUUUUUGUUGUGUACCUUUUAUGGUUGUAAAUCUGUGUGACGUCUUGAGGCAGUCGGGAGAACGAUAACACAACGUUGCUAUUGGCAACCCUGCAGAGAUUAAGUGAUGUCAUUUUUAUAUUUCUUACAUGCUUACUUCAGCUCAGUCUUAAAGAUCUUCCAUUCUGAAGAAUAAAGUUUGUGGAACAGUUUUACUUUUGCCUUUUUUUGUUACAUGGUUUGUAAUUUAAGAAUAAAUUGUCAUUUCAUCAUCCUAAAAUGUAA